AUGACCUUUUACGCACGAGCCCGAAGGCAGAAGCACCUGAGCAUCCAUGACCCGACGGUGCGGCCGCUGCGCUUGGCGGUAUUGAGGGCGGCCGGAAUCAACCUCCUGGUGCUGCAGCUGCUGUUCCUCGGUCUCUUCUGCUAUCUCUUUGGUUCUCUUUUUCAAGAGACCACUCAUGUGCAUAAUCUAAAUGUGGUCUUCGUGGACUACGACGGAGGCGCGAUUGGAGAGGCCAUUCGUGCUGCAUACCAGCAGCUUCGAACGCCGGGAUUCCCAACCCUAACCGAGCAUUCAGCGCGGCAGUACCCCGAUCUCAGGGCCAUCACCUCCACUGUCUGCCACAUUCAAUACUGGGGAGGCCUUUACAUUACCCCCAAUGCCUCAAACCAGCUGGCCGCCGCAUUAACGAGCGGGGCGGACUACAACCCCGAUGACUUGCUUGGCUUGGUCUGGAACGAAGCGCGCUACUCCACCAUCGUCGACUCAGCUGUCGCUGGCAGCAUGCAAUCCCUCUCCGAGACUGCCCGCCUCGCCUACACACUCAACGCCACCCAGAUGCUCCCAGGUCUCACUACCAACAUCACCUCAACACUCGGCAUCCUCGCCUCACCCUGGACGCUCGCCUCCACGAAUCUUCAGCCAACUACCCAAGGCUCGCGCCUCGUCUACAACACCCUUGUGGUCAUCCUGAUCAUGAUUCAAGAAUUUUUCUACUUGGGGUACAUCAACAGCGUCUACCAACAUUUCCGUCUCUACACAACCGUGGCUCCCCACCGCAUCGCCAUCAUUCGCCAAUUGCUGGCAGGCACAUACACCCUGCUGGGCUCCCUCUCCACAGCCGGCGCCAUCUGGGCCUUCCGGUUUGGUUGGCACGUGUCUGGGGGACAAUUCGUCCUCACCUGGCUGGUGCUGUGGCUGUUUGCGCACCUCAACUUCCUGGUGCUGGACGUCUUUACCAUCUGGAUUCCGCUGCCGUUCGUGCCUAUGGCGCUCAUCUCCUGGAUCGUGCUGAAUGUGACGUCGAUCUUGCUGCCGUUCGAGCUGGUCCCCGCAUUCUAUCGCUGGGGGUAUGCUCUUCCUACGCACGCGGUCUUUCAGGUGCUGAUAGAUAUCUGGUCGCGUGGAUGCAACCCCCAGCUUGGAUAUGCGUUGCCCGUGCUGUUUGCGUUUGAGAUCGUGGGGUUGGCGUUGAGCACGGUUGGAGUGUAUCGACGGGCGCAUUAUGCAAUACUUACGAAGGAGGCUGAAGAGAGGGGGUGGCAGGAAAAGCUGGCUGCUGCGGUCAUGGCAGCGACGCAAGGGGAAGACAAGGGCUCAAUGUCGGACAAUGGACAGCCAUCACCGGUAGCAGUAUCAGGGGGUCCAGCGACGGGGUCCACGAUAGCUCACGGGGAGAACCUCGCCCGGGAAUUAUCCCAGGUGGAGAGGUCGACAACCCGGAAGCAGAAUCCGGGGCCGUGCUUUGAUCUGCCGUUUACUGAAUGA